GUGGCAAGAGUGGUUUAGUCUCAUCGUGGGUCACAUUGCAUCAUCCUGGCACCCGCCUCGCCGCCAUGUCUGCUGGGUGGGCCUGUCACUCAGUUGGUCUGAUUUACCGAACAAUACUGGCGGUUUAUUGGAGCUCCAGUAACUCAAUCAACGCUUUAAGAGUGCCAUGCUUUGUGAUAACAACAGACGCACCAACCAAAUUCCAAGCCAGAUAUAGUCGGUAACAUUCGAAAUGCCGUUCCUCACCAUCCGUGGCAAGUCCAUUUACUACAGGUCGAGCUCCCCUGAAGCUGGCUCAGAUACCGCCAUCUUAUUCAUUCACGGCCUCGGCUCAUCCAACUCAUUCUACGCUCCACUGAUACCAUCUCUGGUCGCAGCAGGAUACAAAUGCGUCGCUUUCGACACCCAUGGAAGCGGUUCAUCAAAGUACAAUGGCCAAUAUGGCGGUAUUGAGGGCAUGGUUGAGGACGUGAAAGAUCUGAUGCAGCAAUUGAAGCUCGAUGCAAGUAGCUCGAUUAUCGUGGGACACUCGAUGGGCGCAAUUGUAGCUUCAGAACUAUCUGUACAACUUCGACUUCUUGGUGUUGUGCUGAUUGGUCCGGUGAAUCCCAAUCCUGGCCUGGCACCGAUCUUCAAUUCCAGGAUUACCACGGUUGAGAAGAACGGUAUGGAGGCUAUGGCCGAAACAAUACCUGAUGCUGCUACGGGUCCGAGGUGCACCGAGACUCAGCGUGCUUUCAUCAGAGCUCUCCUUCUAUCCCAAACUACCGAGGGAUACAAUUCUCUGUGUCGGUCGAUAUCGGAGGCGAAGCAGCCCGAUUACGGUCGUAGUCAAUGCCCUUUGCUGAUCAUUGCGGGAUCUGACGACAGGACGAGUCCACUCGAAGCAGCCAAGAAGAUAGAACAGAGUUGGACAUCUGGCGUGAAGACUGAUUUGAAGCUAUUGAACGGUAUUGGUCACUGGCACUGCAUAGAAGCAGCGGAUGAAGUUGCUGGAUUCAUUGAAUCCUUCGCACGCGAGGUUAAAUAAUGGCUCCGAGUGGCCUGAUCCAUUUGCAAAUCUCGCCGUACUCUCUUGAUUCAUGCACCG